AAGUACCCGAGCAAGCUCUCUGGGGAAAACAUAGAAAGUGACUUGAGAAGGAAGGAAUUUUAGAAUAGGUCAUCAAGAAAGAAAGUGGAGUUACUGUGUGAGAAACAGAAGUGAGAGAAACAGAAGAAAGAAGAUAACGAGCAUUUUGAUUUUUAGUCUCAUGACUGAUUUCAUCCGACUUUUUCCUUGCUUGUCCUAAAUCUCUCUGCUCACAGCGUUAACGUGUGGCCUGUUCAAGCAUGCCCACCAACGGGAUUAACAAGGCUCUCAAGCUGCAGUUUGGUCUGAUUAAUUAUGAGAACCGCUACCUGACUGCUGAGGCCUUUGGCUUCAAAGUGAAUGCCUCAGGAAUCAGCCUGAAGAAAAAACAAAUCUGGACUUUAGAACAAGAUGAGCAAGAUGGUCAAGUUGUCUUCCUCCGAAGCCACUUAGGACGCUACCUUGCUUCAGACAAAGCGGGAAAGAUUAUAUGUGGGGCAGAAAAGCCUGACCCAGAAUGUCGUUUCCUUAUUGUACCGCAGUCUGAUGGUCGCUGGGCACUGCAAUCAGAACCUUACCAACGUUACUUUGGAGGGUCAGCAGACUAUUUGUCCUGCUUUGCUCAAGCUAUUGGCGAACAAGAGCUAUGGGCUGUUCAUCUGGCUUUACACCCACAGGCCAGCCUACUCAGUGUGGCACGAAAGCGUUAUGCCCAUCUGUCUGCUUCCGAUGGAGAGAUCUCAGUUGACAGCAAUAUUCCCUGGGGGGUGGACUCUCUGGUCACCUUGGUAUACCAGGAUGGAAAAUACAGUCUGAAGACCUGCGACAGUCGCUUUCUCAGUAAUGACGGCAAACUUGUGAAGGAGAACUCCAACGCAACAAGCUUCACACUCGAACUGAAGUCUGGAAAGCUUGCCUUUAAGGAUUGCGACGGGAAAUAUCUUGCUCCAGUGGGCCCCACUGGCACGCUGCGUUCUGGCAGAUGCUCCAAACCUGGAAAAGAUGAGCUCUUUGAUUUGGAGGAGAGUCAUCCACAAGUAGUCUUUCAAGCUGCCAAUAAGCGAUAUGUUUCAGUGAAGCAAGGAGUGAGCGUGUCAGCCAAUCAGGAUGUGGAGACUGACAUGGAGACUUUCCAGAUGGAGAUAGAUAAGGAGAGCAAAAAGCCAAUGUUUAGGACCAAUGGAGGGUCUUACUGGACUUUAGUGACACAUGGAGAGAUACAGUCCACUGCCACAGAGGUGGAGGUCAACACAAUGUUUGACAUUGAAUGGCGAGGUCACAGGGUAGCACUCAAGGCAAGUAAUGGAAAAUACGUUUGCACAAAGAAAAACGGGCAGCUCUCUGCAGUCAGCGAUACAGCAGGCGAUGAUGAAUUACUUCUGAUGAAACUCAUCAAUCGCCCAAUGUUGAUCCUUCGUGGAGAGAACGGCUUUGUGUGUCACCACAAGAACUCCAACACCCUGGAUGCCAAUCGAUCGGUCUACGAUAUUUUCAAUUUGCUCUUCAAUAAUGGAGCUUAUCACAUUAAAAGUGUGAAUGGGAAGUUCUGGUAUGUCUCAAGCAGUGGCCUGGUAUGCUCAGAUGGUGAAAAGGCAGAGGACUUUUUUCUUGAGUUUCCAGAACACGGACGUGUCGCCAUUAAAGGCUCCAAUGGCAAGUACCUUCGUGGAGACCAAGGAGGCACUCUUAUGUGUGAUGGUGCAUCUGUUGAUGCAUCUUCUCUUUGGGAAUACUAAUCCAUUCACACCAGGUCCAAAAUGAGGACCUCUUUUUCAGGUGCAAGACCCACUUUUAUCAAGUCAAAUGACAUGGACUGACAUCAUAACUUGCCUAUUUUUAUACUAGGUAUCCUAUUCCAUGCAUUUUAUGUUUCUUUGUUUCUGUUUGUUCUUUUGUUUUGUUUUUUGUUUUUUCUUAAUUUGAAAGAAUAUGAUACUCUAGAAAAGCUGUGUGGAUCAUUUUCUUGUGAAUUUUAGAUGUUUUGUCUUUGAACUGAAAAGUAAAAUGCCAACAUCACAUGAAACAUGCUUUGUUGAAAUAUGUACAUUGAUAACCAACAAUAGAUUAGUGAAAAUCCCAAAUCUAUCACAUCCAUAUUUAUUUAAUGUACUGAUGAGUAACAACAUUUGUUCAUUGAUUUUAGAGACAAUGUGUUUCUGUACAACUAAUUUCAUAUUGUUUUUUUUCUUAAGCUUUACAAAAAAUAGGGGCAUGAAUGCAAAAAAAAGCAUGUCUGUUUGCACUGCUGCUACUUUCCACUAGCCAAAAGCAAAAUAUAUUUCAUAGUGUAAAGAAUGCAGACCAAACCUAAAGCAGAGAAGGAACUCUUCUCUUUACCAAAAACCUGUUUGAUAAACAAAAUAAAAAAUGCAAGUUUUCAAUUUAUGAUAAGAUUAGUACUUUUAGGUGGGUAUAUUAAUGUUUUUUUGUUGUUUUAUUUGCUAUUUAAGCAUCUAAAUAAGUUUUACUCUUGUAUUUUCCUGAGCUGAAGCCCUGUUUUAGUGAAAGAGGAAAUGGAUGCAUAAAUGCUGCGUUGAUUAAUUCAAAUGGAUCAUUUUCAGCUUACGUAAAAGACAAUUAAAAGUAAAUUUGGCACAAAUAGAAAAAAAUCAAUGGACACAGCAGUGCUCUGUGUGCAUACAAUAAAUAUUAUCAACUAUGACAUAGAAAAUUUUCAUGUUUGAGGAAACAUGAUAAAACCGCAUUUUAACAUGUCAGGAACAGAGAAGAAAAAAAAACACAAAGGAGCACAUUUCUUAUAUCCAGCUGAAAGUUCUUCUCUAUGGUUCUGCCUUAACUCACAAUACACUCUAGAUCGCUUCGCUUCAGCGUUUUGUGUUUAAAGGUGAGAAAUAAGAUAAUUGCAUGUUUGUUUUAACACAGAUAUUUCUGUAAAACAAAAUUGCUUAGUGAAGCAGUAGAGAACAUAUUGUGAGAAAAAAUGAAAGCGUAAUGAUUUCCUUUUCCUCAACGACUCAACAGAGAAGUAUAUUUAUAAUCUUUUAGGCUGCAUAGAACAAGAUGAGAUAAUUGAUUAAUUACAGCCACAAUGAGUUUGAAGACUCUGCUUCAUGUUUUUUUCAAAGAUGUUUUGAUAAAAAUGCUUGCAUUGCUGUGGUGUUUCCUAUCCAAGUAACAUCAAUCAUUCUUAUCUUCUCAGCAGCUCUUCAAACAAACACUCCCUU